AUGGGAGCCGGCGCCUCGGCCCAAUUCGGCCCAGCCCUCGACGCGGCGGCGGCCAAGCCCGCCGACGGCUCCGAUCUCAGAGAUUUCAACACCGCAAAGGCGGAAGCAGUCCAGCUGCGACGGACGCUCGCGGCGCUGCGGUACCAGGUCAACGCCCAGGGCCAGGGCGCGACCGCCUGCUUCGAGCACCUCCACGACGGCAUGCAGCAGUGGACGCGAUACUCGCCCGAACAAUCGUGCUUGAUCGCCACGGCGCUCGCGGGCAACCCCGACGCUAUUAUACAGCUCCCGGGCCUACCAUUUUCGGUAAAAUGCGGCCGUAACGCGACGGCCCAAGGCAUGCCGGUGGCGCCGGACUCGGGCCUGCUCCAGGUGAACAACAACUCGGGCGCCUGCCGCAUCGUCCGCGUGGCGCUGGGCACGGCGCCGGCCUACGCGCAGAAGACGGCUUCUGGCGCUUUCCAGCCGCUCACGCCGGCGCAGAACGCGCUCAUCGCGUCGGCCGUCGCCUCGGCGCCGCACGGCGGCGCCAAGGCCGUGGGCCCGGGCUUCGAGAUCCGCUGGGGUACGAAUGCUACGACGCCCACGUACCCGCAGCCGCCGCACACGGGUCUGAUAUUAGUGGGCCCGCAGGGCGGCUCCACGGUGAUCCGCGGGCAGUGGGGCCCGCUGCCCGUCUUCGCCGGAGGCCCGCGCGGGCCGUCCAUGCCCCCGGUUUAUGGUGGAGGUGGCGGCGCGCCGGCGGCAUACGGUGGCGGCGGCCACCCCUUCGCCGGCGGCGGCGGCCCCGGCUUCGUCGGCCCCGUGCCGGGCCAGCGGCCGGGCGGCGCCGUGCCGGGCCAGGCGCCUGGAGGCCCGGCGCCGGGCCCGCAGGCGCCGCCGGUCCAGAAGGAGGGGCAGGCGUCGGGCGGCGGCCUGGGCGUCGGUGGGGCUGUGGCAGCGGGCGUCGUCGGCGGCGCCGUCGGCGCGGGCGUCGUCAUGGCGGCGGCCAACCCGGGCGCCAUUGUAGACGGCGCUAAUGCCGCAAGCCAAUGGGCCGGACAGAAUAUCGCGUCGGACGCGCAAGUCAUCGGCGCUGCGAACGACGUCGCGCAGUGGACGGGCGGCGCCGCGCAGGACGUCGGACAGUGGGGAUCGAACGUCGCCGCGCCUGGGAUCAACAACGCCGUAUCGGACGUCGGACAAUGGGGCUCGAACGUUGCCGCGCCUGGGAUCAACAACGCCGUACAGGACGUCGGACAAUGGGGCUCGAACGUCGCCGCGCCUGGGAUCAACAACGCCGUAUCGGACGUCGGACAAUGGGGCUCGAACGUCGCCGCGCCUGGGAUCAACAACGCCGUAUCGGACGUCGGACAAUGGGGCUCGAACGUUGCCGCGCCUGGGAUCUCAGGGGCCGCAAAUGCGGCCGGCGACUGGACCGCGGGCGCCGCGGGCACUGCAGGCGACUGGACGGCGGGCGCGGCGGGCGACGUCGGACAGUGGACGGCUGGCGCCGCCAACGUUGCCGGCGGUGGUAUUGUUAACGCCGCCGACGCGACCGGGGGCGCAUUUGCCGUCGCGGGCGACUGGACCGCAGGCGCUGCAAUGGACUCGGGCCAGGCGAUCGGCGGCUUCGCCGUCGACGCGGGCCAGGCCAUAGGCGGUGUUGGCGGCGAUGUCGGCUCGGCCAUCGGCGACGUCGCGGGCGCCAUCGGUUCGGCCUUGGGCUUCUGAGCACCCUUUCCUUCCUCCCUUCGACGUUUCGAAAUCCAAUAACUUCCUUACUCCU